CGAAUACCAGCGUCGAAUUGUUGUCGUCAAUGUUUUUCGGGAGCCUUGAAUUUGGAGCAGAGGUUGUGUGAAUCAAGUGAAUUGUCUUGUGGAAAGAAGGAUUCUGUGUUUUGGCUGAAUGUGUCUUGGCUGAAGUUUUUUAGUUUUUAGAGAUUUUAAUUAUGGAAGAUGGCAAGGAGAAGAGGGAGCGGGACACGAGUCGAGUGGACUCUCUGGGAUGGCUCACAGAGUCCGCUGUUAUGCCCAAAAAGCAGCGGGUGAUAGAAGGAGUGGGACCUUCGUCGAUUGUAGAGCUGCGGGCGCAACUAUAUCGGACGCAGGAAGAUGUGAAGCGAGCCAAGGUGCUUGGAGUUGACCCGGAUGUGUUCCGACCUAAAAAGAAGGUUGAUGUGUUGUCGAAGAAGAACUCUGGAGUUGAGGAUCGGGCUUCCAGAGAUAAGCUUCAGUUGAAAGCGUCUAAAGAUGGGGUUGAUAGCUACGCUGCUCUAGAGAAAAAAGCUGAGCUUUAUGACAAGCUUACAAGGGGCGAACUACCCGAUGAGGAAGAGAAGGAGAAGUACAGUGUCGAUUUCCUUCGCAAAGGGUCUCUGAGUGAUGAAGCUCUGGAAAUAGAGAGGGAGCGGCUAGGGGAUUCUAAACAUGACUCAAGAGAAAGCUUUGAAACUUCAGGAGUUGAUGCGGGCACGUCAGAAGCGAAACCGAUGUCGGGUGUGGGUUGGGGAUUGGGAAAAUCAACAGGUUUAAGCCAUGAGCAGAAGCAACUCAUUAGGGAGGUGAACAUAGAAACGAAAGAAGCUCGUGAAAAAGCUAAUGAUUUGAAGCUAAGGCGGCAAAAGGAAGCCGAGAAGAAAAGGGAAAAGUUGCGACUUGCUUUCCUUAAGAAGCAGGUUGAGAAACUCAAAUCUUCCGGAGGAGCACAGAAAGGAACUAUUGCCUCUGAACCUAGCAAGGAAAAUGCAACCAAGCAAGACGGUACAUUGUCCCAUUGAAAAUCUUAUUUACUGCCCUCACCUCCUUUGAGUUCUGUGAUAUUCAAUCUGUUCCAGAAGGUCUGAAGAAUGAUCCGGAAUAUCUGUAAACUAUACCUGCAAAGAAGCGUGGACUGGAGAUGGGGCUUAUCAACUGCGUUGGACCGAUGCAGUGCAUGUCUUCUUUGUACGGAUGAUUCCGAAAACCAUCUCAAAGAUACUCGCCUACGAGUGGUAAUCUUUGUCCUGAAUGUGAACUGAAAGAUAUAGGGAUUGCAUUGAAUGCAGAAUAUCACGGAAGAGUAUUAUACUCUAGCUCGCAAUAGCUUAUAAGAUCCAUUCAAAGCAGCAGAGGAAAUAGAAGAUGCCUUCACUUGUGCAGGUUCCUCAAAACUAUGUACACUUGUGUAGAAUUACGAAACAAUUCUUCGUAGGAUGAAUUCAUCCUCCUUUUCAAAAGUAA